UCCCAGUGGCCGCAGCCAAAGAUCAGGGGCUUCCCCACGGUUGUGAGUCCCCCUCGAAACAUCUGGCCUGGCUCGGACCUCCCCUUGGGCCGCAUCACACCCAAAGCCGUAGACUGCUCUGUUUGCAGGGAUGCGUGCAGAGUGAGGUCAUGCCCAUCGUGAUGUCCCAUGCAAAGCGGGGCCAUGCACAUGAUGUCUUCAUGCAAAGUCCUGGCUUGGACGACCGGACCCGUCUCCCACCUGCGUGGAUUUGCUUUCAGGCUUAGCGUGUUGUACGAGCCCUGCCACAAAGGUGAUCACUUGAAAGUCUGCCCUCAAGGCUACACCUGCUGUUCCCAAGCCAUGGAGGAGAAGUAUUGGCAGCAGAGCCGACAAGAUUUCAGCCAUGCUGUUGUCGAGCUGAGCAACAAUUUGCAAGGAACCUUCAGUUCGCGAUACAGAAAGUUCGAUGAAUUUUUCAGAGAGCUCCUGGAGAACGCCGAGAAAUCCUUGAACGACAUGUUUGUACGGACUUACGGCCUCCUGUACAUGCAGAACUCCGAGAUGUUUAAGGACCUCUUUGUGGAGCUGAAGCGAUAUUACGCGGGUGGCAGGGUCAACCUGGAGGAGAUGCUCAAUGACUUUUGGGCCCGGCUUCUAGAACGCAUGUUCCGCCUGGUCAACCCCCAGUACUACUUUUCGGACGAGUACCUGGAGUGUGUCAGCAAGUACACGGAGCAGCUGAAACCAUUUGGGGACGUCCCACGAAAGCUGAAGCUGCAGGUGACCCGGGCUUUUGUGGCAGCUCGCACUUUCGCCCAAGGCCUGGCCGUGGCGAGGGAUGUCGUGGCCAAAGUAUCUGCGGUCAACCCCACGCCGCAAGGGGUUCGCGCCCUGACCAAGAUGAUGUACUGCCCGUUCUGCCGAGGCUUAGUUGCCAUCAAGCCCUGUUACAACUAUUGCUUCAACGUCAUGCGAGGCUGCCUGGCCAACCAAGGAGAGCUGGACACUGAGUGGAAUAACUUCAUAGAUUCAAUGCUUAUGUUGGCUGAGAGGUUGGAAGGUCCUUUCAACAUUGAGUCUGUCAUGGACCCCAUCGAUGUGAAGAUUUCAGAUGCCAUCAUGAAUAUGCAAGAAAACAGCUUACAGGUGUCCCAAAAGGUUUUUCAAGGAUGUGGACAACCCAAGAUGCUGGCACAAAGCCGAACGUCCCGCUCAGCUUCAGACAGUAGCUUCAGUGCCCGCUUCAGGCCUUACAACCCAGAGGAACGUCCAACAACAGCUGCAGGCACAAGUUUAGAUCGACUGGUGACAGAUGUGAAGGAGAAACUGAAGCAAGCGAGGAAGUUUUGGUCUUCCCUUCCCAGCAACAUCUGUAGCAACGAGAAGAUGGCUGCCGGCAACCUUCAUGAAGAAGAAUGCUGGAACGGGAACAGCAAAAGCAGGUACCUCUUUGCUGUGAUGCCGAACGGCUUGGCCAACCAGGCGAACAAUCCCGAAGUGGAAGUCGACACGUCGAAACCAGACAUGGUGAUCCGUCGGCAAAUCAUGUCCCUCCGAGUGAUGGUCAGCAAGCUGAAGAAUGCCUACAAUGGCAACGACGUGGACUUCAUCGAUAUUAGCGAUGAAAGCAGUGGAGAAGGCAGUGGGAGUGGCUGCGAAUUGCAGCAGUGUUCUCCCGAAUUGGUGCUCAACGCGACAGAAGUCACGCAGAAGGCCAACAAAGUAGAUAAAAAAAUGACUGAUUCGGCCACCAGUCUGGGCCCAUCGGAAGCCGUUCUGCUUCUAAGCAUCUUCUUGUUCCUAACGGGGCAAAGACAAUGGAGAUAACUGUGCCUCCUCCUCCUCCUCCUCCUCCUCCUUUUUUCUUUUUAAACAGUUGCAAGGGGAAAAUGACUUUUUUUAAAAAAUGCUAAGAGGGACCGGAUUUCACGUUUAUACCAUCUAGAGACUUUUGGGGGAGGUGUGGAAGGUUCCUUUGUAAGUUAAUGGAAAACCAUGUACAGUUUUUUUUUUAAAAAAAACUCUUGUUGCCAGUGGUUUUAGUUUUUUUUUCCCUCCCCCCUUUCAGUUUUUGGGAAGGGGAAAAAAAACACAGAACCGUUUGGACCAGUUAAUCUGAUCUGUUGACUGAGAAACCACAAUAAAUGUGGUUAACCAAGUGUAUAUACAGGCCUGUCGUUAGCUCUGCUUUCUGUUGUUGUUUUUUAAAUCAAGUUUUCUUUCCCCCCUUCUCUUUUCCUUUAAUUUUAUUUUAGACUUUAAAAAAAAAAAACUCAAACGGUUCUAGCUUGGCAUGUCUCGAGGAUUAUGUCUUUCCUGAAAUACGAAAUUUAUCUGUACAGAAGUGAAAGGAUUUUUUUUUAAUUUAUCAUAUUUCAUAGACAGAGAAAGAAGUUGCUAAAGAGCAACAAAAAUCACCUUCUUUCGUCCAGAUCCCACAUGUGACUCUCGGGGCAGAUGCUUCUCUAGAAGAGGAGAAGUGUGGAUUCUUGAGAAGACCAUGUGAAGAGUUGGUUUAAUGUACUUUAUUUCCUGUUACGGGGAGCAUACAUCUUGCUCUUCCCAAAGGAAAUGGUCAGUCUGCAUUUAGAGUUGGGGAGGUUACAAGGGUGUCUUCAUGGGGGACAAAGUCAAGAUGGCAACCCUCACAUAUAAAAAAUGGGGAUUUGAUUGCAUCACUGCGACUGCCAUUUUGACCUUUUUGGGCCCCUCCCUGCGGAUGUCCUUGGGGGUGGCUUGGCUUAGAAGGAAAAGAGAUUGAGAGCAUCUUCCUUUUGUUGGAUCUGAAGGACCAUUUGAUUCAGUAGGACUUGCUUCUUUUUAUCAGCAGGUUCUUUUCAGGGCGAUAAACUGUGGUAGGAAUCCUUCCAAGGUCCUUGUUAGGGGAAUGGUGGAGCACCGGUUCCAGGCACAGCAUUGUGCUCCAUUUGGAAAUAAUCUUUUGGGAUCCAGGAGAGGUUGAAAGAGUUCGCCUAGAGAGAAGGCAAAGCUACCUCCCAAAUAUUUGGUCCACCUGGAAGUUUCCAUGGCUGGAACUGUCUGAAAAAUGGCAUGAAAUGGCUCCAAAAGAAUGACGUGUGUGAAAUCUAUAGAAAGACCCAAAACCAUCCUAGAUCUUUUUCCUAGUUUUGAACAAUUGUCGGCAUCUAGGUUUCCCAAAAUUGUUGUUGGAGAAUGUUUUUGUUUUUACAAUUUAGCAUUCUUUUAUCUUUCCCCCAUUUGUGUUCUUAUGCUCAAAGCAUUAAUGGAUUGGUAGCACAGAGUUUGCACCCCGUGAUCUUGUAAAGGAACUUUAGAUAAACCUGGAAGACCUUUGGUUGAGCUAUAACAAUAAACCGAUCCCACAGGCAUAA